AUGGCGAUAGACAAUCAUCGCUGGCUCCUUGAAACCGGCGAGUUCACUGACUUCCGCAUCAUCUGUGCAGACGAUGGCAUGGAGUUCAAUGUCCACCGACUGAUGCUAAGCAUUCACUCUGCUUACUUUGCUAGACUCUUCAAGAGCGGCUUUCAGGAAACCAUCUCAGGUGUUUCAACCUUCACAGAUGUUAACUCACAAGCGAUGGGACAGCUUCUUGAUUUCUUCUAUCGGGGAAACACACCAUGGAAGGGUCCUGAUGACUUGGUCAUGCUGGCCGACAUGUGGAUUCUCGCGGACAGACUCCAGGCCACGAGUGCUAUGAUGGAAAUCGAGCAUAGGGUGAAGAUCAAGCUGAUCAGUUUCCACAGCAAGUGGAUUGUCGCCGAUUGGAAACUGCUCGAGAUGGUAUUCUACCACAAAGCCUGCGCCGAGUCAAGCAUAGGCUAUACAAUCGGCGAAGCUGCUUCUAUCGUUCUCGUCAACCGGUCCAAGGACCCAGAGAAGACGGAUUUGGUGGAGAGGCAGGCCCGAGAGAAUAUCCUCCUUGCAAACAUGAUGUUGUUUUGGUCUUCUCGGUACUGGAGGGAGAGUAAAAGUUUCCAGCCCUCGAUGAAGUCUGAUCAGUUUUUCUCCAGCUCGUCAUUGUUUGAGACGACACCCACACCCGAGGCCACUCGAGGGGAUACCACCAUCAGAGACAGAAUCAUCUUCGAGAAGAUGACGAAGCCCUCGAGAAUCAUGACCAGCGGACCAGAGGCGAACGCAGACAACAAGCGGAAGAGAACCUCGUAA